GCGCUGUGUUUGGACUAGAAGCAUCACUCUCAGCAGGUUCCACCAACAUCUUGUUUCCCCCGAAGACCAUCGUGAAGGAAACAGUCGUGUAUAUCCGGAGUUAGGAUGGAAUUUAUCUUGUUUUAAAUUCUUGUGACUGAGGCUCUCAAUACAAAGUCUAAUUCAUUCCGACUUCUAGAGUUUUCAUUGAGUAAGGGAGGGUGAGAUGCCAGCCAAAACUCCCAUCUAUUUAAAGACCUCAACUCCCAAGAGGGGGAAAAAGCCCAAACUUAGAGACAUGCUAUCGAGGGAAAUGAUUAGUCCUCCUUUGGGUGAUUUCAGGCACAGUGCUCACAUUGGAGUCCAUGGAGAAGGGGAUAUGUUUGGAGAGUUGUCUUUCUUGCAAGGAAAGUAUGAUCUGCUCCCAAACUUGAGCCACAAAUUGAUAAUGAAGGACACGGAAACUGGCUCAAACGAAGAGUUACAUACUCAUUUCAGCUCUGGGAGUUAUCGCCCCUUUUUAAAAAAUGCAGUGUCACUGCCAGCGUUCACUGGAACCCAGAGUCAAGAAAAGGCUCCUCCAAAACCUCCUCGGUUGCACUUGGAAGACGUCCCAAGCCAACGUUCGAUGUCCGUUAGCUAUGGGAACGGAUCAUUCCGAAGAGAAGACGAUAUGUCAUUUUCAUCAAUCUCCCAAGACGGACAAAGUCGAUUUCUGGAAGCUUCCAUGAGCUCGUCCGAAGGAUCUAUCAGUGGAAGUGGUGCUCAAAGUCCAGGACAAAAUUUAGACCACAUACAGGACGACAGAUGUAGUGAACACUCCAAAGAACAAAGUCUUCCUAAAUCCGAGUCUCUUUUUCGACUUGAGCUAGAUCUUGGACCUUCCAUUCUGGAUGAGGUUCUAAGGAUAAUGGAUGAAUACAAGGCCUAAAGGAUUCUUGAACUUACAGAGAUAUUGUAUAUAGAUAUAUCAACUAUUUAUUGACAGCCAGUAUUUCAUUGGUUAAGAACUAUUCACUGUAGAAAGUUUGGAUAAGCUGAACAGAGCAUUAGUUGUAAACGGAAGAUGUAUCGUCUUCUAAAAAACAUUAUUUUAUUUGCUGAAUAGGGCCUAUCGCUAUAUAUAGCGCUAUACCGCGAUGCUGGGGCCACACACCCGUCAUUAUAAAAGGAUAUCAAUGCUUUGGGUCUAUUCAUCCAGGUUCCACACACUGUUUUUAUCCUUCUUCUUGACCAGAGUACUUGCAAGAAAUGUAAUUUUAUCAUUUUCACUUGGAGCAGUGCGAAACGCGUCUCACUUUUCUGGAAUUGUCUGCCGCUGCUUCUAACCCGAUACUUAAAGCACUAUUCACUAAUGUGAGAGUCCAAAGAGAAUUUCACAUUUAAGGCCAGAGGAGCGGAAAGUAAAUCAAAGCUGACCUCGAAAAUGUUCCACUUUGGCUAUUUUGACCUCACUUUGGUGAAUAAUGCUAUAAACUGUAUCACUCUGAGUGUCUCUGUACUAGUCUCAUGCUGGAAGGUCCUCUAUAGUAGACUAUGGACUGAUACACCCACUUGUUGUCCUUCUUAUAGAGUGUUACAGGUCACUGGGCUGGAAAGUCAAACCAGUGAUUGGUCGGUUAGCUGAGACUGUAAUUGAUUAUUGGAAUAGAUAUUUAAUUCUAUCUGAAUUGACGGCUGUGUUACUAAAACCCUGUAAUUAUCAAAUGAACAAUGUCACAUUAACACACGAUCAGUAGAUAUAUUCCAUCAAAUUCAUAGCUCAGUCUGCUGGGCUUAGUGGUUUUGCUAGGGAACUGUUCAGUCUAUGGAGAGCUGCUGGGUUCAGGGUUCAGUCUAUGGAGAGCUGCAGGGCUCAGUGCUCAGUCUAUGGAGAGCUGCUGGGUU